AUGGGACGCAAGAAGAAGAGGGUGGACAAGCCCGUGUGCUGGUACUGCGACCGUUCCUUUGAGGACGAGAAAAUCCUCAUACAACACCAGAAGGCCAAGCACUACAAAUGCGCUUGGUGCCACAAAAAACUUUCAACGGCGGGUGGGUUGGUCAUCCACUGCUCCCAGGUACACAAAGAAACAAUCACCAAGGUGCCCAACGCCAAGCCGGGACGCGAAACAACGCAACACGAGAUCUAUGGCAUGGAUGGCGUGCCGGCAGGCGGCGGUGGAGGUGGUGACGACGACGACGACGGAGAGGGCGAGCCCGACUCCAAAAAGCCCCGCAUCGACGAUCCCUCCUCCGCUCACCUUCUUUCGCCGGGCCUGGCUGCCGCACGCCCUGGGGGCCUGCCAGUGUCGCCGGGGAUGAUGGGUGGUCCAGGCGGGGGUCCACCCCAGCAGCGCAUGAUGGGCGGACCCGGCAUGCCGCCGCCCGGCUGGAACCCCGGAGGCGUGCCAGGAAUGCCGCCCCAGUACCCGCCCAUGUUCGGCGGGGGCAUGCCGCUCCGCCCCGGCAUGCCAGGAAUGCCGCCACCCUUCCCAGGGCACCACCCGAUGGGCAUGGGCGGCCCCGGCGGACCCCCGAUGAUGCCCCACCAGCAGCCGCCUCCCAUGAUGGGCAUGGGCAUGGGCAUGGGCAUGGGCUUCCCGGGUCCGUUCGGACAGCAGCAUCAGCAUCAGCCAGGCAUGCCCCCUCUCCCCUUCCCUCCCGCCGGCAUGCCGUUCCCAUACGGCGCCCCUCCUGGCUCCCUCCCUCACAUGCCCGGCAUGAUGAUGGGCAUGAUGAUGGGACCGGGGAUGGGAGGCGGCGGCGGAAUGGCCCCGGCUGGCGGUGCUCCGGCAGCAGCAGCAGCAGCAGCAGCUUUCCCAGCCUACCAGGCCGACGCUGCGGCCGAGGCCGACCAGGCCGCGACCCCCAAGAUCCACUUUAUUUAUGCUGACGAAGCCGUUUCCAUGGAGGAGAAGCGAGCUGAGGCGCCCCGGUAUCGCUACGACGACUCGACGAUACGUGAACAGGUGUCGGCCCUCGACAAGUCCAUCGGAUCCCGUCUAGCCUCACUCGCGGCCGUCCGAGGAGUGUAA